AUGAUUUCACGACAUAAUUCUGAAGAGUCAUUUGAUUCUUGUAAUUCUAGUCCUUCAAUUCCUUCACUUCACGAACAACGAUCUGUUACAUCAUCAAAAAGUCGUCGGAGUACAGAAGAUCAACAUGUUCUGGUUGUUAGAAAUCUGAAGGGAAAAGGAAGGGUUAUACUGCUUCGAGAUCUUUUUUAUGUUUUUAACCUCAAUGCGAGAGCAGAUGGUGAUAAAGCAGAUAAUAUUGACAAUGUUGUUGACAUUCAUUUUAUGUUAUCGAAAGACGCUGCCUGUCGUGCUAAGUCAGCGUUAGACGAAAGUUGGCUUUUUGACAAGUUUAUUAAAGUUGACUGGGCUUCUGUUCCACAAAUCCAUCAAAUGCAAAAUCUCGGUGCGGGCAAGCCACCACUUGCUGUGGGAUUUCGUCGAAAGGAUGAUCAAGCAAAAAGACGGCAAAGACAAUCGGCAAAUGGUCCUCCUCCUAAUUCAUACGGAGGAGGUAAUUUUGACAGUUCUGGAGACAUUGAUGAUAUUCAGGUAAUAGUUUUAACGAAUAUAUUAAGACUAGGACUCAUUCGAUAUCAGAUUAGCUGUUGUUUUUUAUUGGGAAUUUGA